AUGUCGAGCUCUGGGAGAGAUUCACCUGCUCCACCCGCGGAAGCGGUGCCAACACCAUCACAGCCGCCAUCGCAAUCGCGACCCGGCUCGCUUCGUGCCUACUCGUAUUCUAAUUCAGUGCCUCGCGCCGAGUCCCUCGCACGCCUCGUAUCCCCGAUUCCAUACCAUGCCCUCGGUACUCCUCCCAGCCUCCGGGCAGCGAACCAGGCCGACGGCGGAGACGUCGACUCGGCCCCUUUGACUCCGCUCCCCGGUCCUGGCUCCUACGCCGCAGGCCCCGGAAUCUCUGCCCUCGCCGCAGCUUUGUCACAUUCGAUUGGAACGUCGCCUCCCCGGUUUGGCACCCCACCUGUCCGGCCGCUUUCCCCGGCCGCGGCUAACGCUCUCUUCCUUGCCUCGGCCACGCCCACCAAUUAUGGCUCCUUCGAUACAAGGUCACGGCACGUGUCUCAGAGUGGCGUUGGAGCUUACGAGGAUCCGGAAAUUGUUAAAAGACAUCUGGUCCAGCCAGGAGACGCUGCGCCCGAAGAUGCGGGCUGGAGAAAACCAAGCAUUGGGUCCAAGGGCAAACAAAAAGCCCACGGAUCGCAGUCGCCAUCUGAUGACGAGGAGUUCUCGAGCUUAAAGCUGCUAGGCGGCGACAUCACGCGCCCGAUAUACAAGUGGACCGAGGAGAUAGAACAGCGGAACAAGGUCCAGCGCAGCAAAAGCUUCAGCGCCGCGAGGCCCGAGCCCGAGAACGAAGUUCUUGACAUCAGCACCAUCAAGGUCCCAGGGGGCUUCAGGCGCAACUACUUGAGGAGGGCUGCCCGAGAUACUUCGCCCUCGUAUGACGACGUGGAGCACGGCGAGGGUACGAGCCACAGCGCAUCCCACCCUCGGCUGCUGACGAGCAGCUUUCUCGAGUUUCUGUCUCUCUACGGUCACUUCGCAGGUGAAGAGCUGGAGGAAGACGAUGAGGCCUUGAAGCCCGGCGAGUAUUUCAUGUCGGGCAGUGACGAAGACGGCUAUUCCAGUGGCGAAGGCUCCGAAGACGACCGAGAACCAAUGGAAGACAGCGCCCUCCUUACUCCUUCCCGCCGGAAGAGGAGGAGGAAGGGACGCGGAGGAAGUGGCCAGAACAGCCCCAUGAGCGCAGCGCUGCUGCUCCUGAAAUCUUUUGUUGGCACUGGCGUUCUGUUCCUCCCUCGCGCGUAUCUCAAUGGCGGCAUGCUGUUCAGCAACCUGGUUCUGCUGUUUGUAGCAGCUUUGAGCUACUACUGCUUCGUUCUCCUUGUCACCACCCGAUUGAAGGUUGAGGGCUCGUUUGGCGAUAUUGGCGGCAUCCUAUACGGAAAAUGGAUGAGGACCCUCAUUCUGACGUCCAUUGUGCUAAGCCAGAUAGGUUUUGUUGCAGCCUACAUGGUGUUCACGUCGGAGAACUUGCAGGCCUUUAUACUCGCUGUGUCGGACUGUAAGACGAUGGUCCCCAUUAGCUGGUUGAUCAUCUUACAGAUGGUGAUACUCUUACCCCUCUCGCUGCUUCGCGACAUCGAAAAGCUUGGAUUCACGGCGCUCAUAGCCGACGCCUUCAUCGUCAUUGGAUUGGCAUAUCUCUUUCAGUAUGACAUAUUUACGCUCAAGACCCAGGGCUGGGCAGACAUCAUCAUGUUCAACGAGAAGAACUGGACUCUCUUUAUCGGAACCGCCAUUUUCACCUUUGAGGGCAUUGGCCUCAUUAUUCCCAUCCAGGAGUCUAUGAAGCAGCCACAGAAGUUCCCCAAGGUCAUGUUUGUUGUCAUGAUCAUCAUCACCACUCUUUUCAUCGUCAUGGGCGCAGUUUCUUACGCUGCAUACGGCUCAAAGACGGAGACGGUUGUGCUGCUAAACUUGCCCCAGGAUGACAAGUUUGUCAAUGGCGUGCAAUUUCUAUAUUCGCUUGCCAUCCUCCUCUCGACGCCGCUCCAGAUAUUCCCUGCCAUCAGGAUUACAGAAAACGCGCUUUUCACAAAGAGCGGCAAGUAUAAUCCGUAUAUCAAGUGGCAGAAGAACGUAUACCGCUUCUUUCUCGUGGCGGUUUGCGCCCUUAUUGCCUGGGGCGGUGCCGACAACCUGGACAAGUUUGUUGCGCUCGUCGGCAACUUUGCCUGCAUCCCUUUGGUGUACAUCUAUCCUCCGAUGCUACACUACAAGGGCGUGGCAAAGAGCGCCGUGCGGAGAUGGUCCGACGUUUUCCUCUGUAUAUUCGGCUUCAUUGCCAUGGCGUAUACGACCAGCUUGACCAUCAUGAGCUGGGCUAACGAGUCUGGCGGAGGGCUGCCGAGCUAUUGCGACAAAAAGGGGAAGUUGACCGACGAGUAA